AUGGAAACAGUACAAAUCGACCCCCGAGGGGACGUCGCCCUCCAGGUUCCCUGCCCACCCCCAUACUCCCUCGUCCUCGUGGUCCCAGCCGCGCCGUCCCCCGGCCAGUCCCAGGGCGAGGUGCACACGACCAUCAACGAGGGCGCGAGGGACACGCGGGACCUCGUCGUCUCCUCCAAGGUCCUCUCCGUCGCCUCGCCCGUCUUCAAGGCCAUGUUCUGCGGCGACUUCUUCGAGGGCGCCCGCCUCGCCGCCAGACACGAACCCUCGCCGCCGUUCCAGCUGCCCCUCCCGGACGACGACGGCGACGCCAUGCUCCUCCUCUGCAAGCUGCUGCACUUCGCCACCGACGACGUCCCCGACCUGCCCGGGCUCGACCUGCUGGCCAAGCUGGGCGAGGUGUGCGACAAGUACCAGUGCACGACGGUGCUGAGGCACUGCGGCAACUGCUGGGCGCGGAACUGGCUGCGCGAGUUCGAGACGGAGGCGCCCGGGCUGGAGGACCUGUGCUACCUGUUCCUGUUCACGUACAUUGCGGAUCUGGCCGCUGAGUUUGCCGAGGUGGCGUGGAUGCUUCUUCUGCAGCAUCGGGGGCCGUUGACUGGUGCCGAGUCGCAGAUUGGCAUUCUGUUAGAGCAUCCGCUGCUCAGCCAGGGACUCCUUGAACGCCUCGAGUCAAAACGGCUCCAGCUCUGCAACGCCUUCCACAUGGCCCUCAUGUCGCCCAUGACCAGCUGGAACUGGGGGAGCCUCAUGCAGGGCUGCCUCCGCGCGGCCACCACCCUCGCGCGGUACAACCAGGCCCUGCGCGACGCCGGCCUCCUCCCGUACGACCUCUCGUUUUCUAAUCAUAGCUUCGCCGAGCUGCUCGACGGCGUCGACCGCCUGGGCUACAUCGCCGUGCCGCCGUGCCCCAUCAACAAGCGCUCGUGCGGCUUCUGCCACCAGGACAGCCAGGACAACCUCGUCAACGCGCUGCUGUCGGCGGCGCACUCGAUACGCAGGUGCAAGCCGUGGUUCAGCUGCCUCGACUGCUGCAGGGCGACGACGCGCGGCAAGGCGGGGCGCGAGGGCGAGAGGCGGUGUCGGAUCAAGCACAAGGACGACCUUGAGAUCAAGGAGCGCUUCUCCAACACGCAGCUGAAGAUCGCGCCGCCGGUGCCGGCCUCAAACGCUGUGGUGCCAGUGAGGAAGUGA